CUGACAACAACAAGCAAAGCAGCAGCAAAGAAGAGAGAAGAGAAGGAACAAGAGAAGGAACAAGAGAGGAUACAAACCACAGCCAGCAACAGCAGCAAGCGAGCGAAGCGAAGCGAUGACGGCCAUGCCCUCGGAGGGCGCAUCCAUCCCUCCACCUGUGGAGGACUUUCUCAUGAACUUCUUGAUGAAGCACAACAUGACACAGACGCUCGAAUGCUUCCAAACCGAAUGGCACAAGCUCGGGAAUGGACGGGAGAGCGCGGCUGAGAUCGAAUCCGUGCCCGAUGUGUACACACGCAGUGAGCACCUGGAAAGGGCACUCGAGGACUGCGAAUCCAUGUGUGCAAAGUACCAACAGAAGGCAAGCGCUGCUGAGGCACAGUUUGAGAAGUUGCGGAAGGAGCGCAACCACCACAGAACAGCACAUCGCCGAAUCCUGCAAGAAAAGAAGACAAUGGGCCAAGAACUCAAGCGGCUAUCUCGCCAAGUGGACGACCUUCGUAAAGAGCUGGAAGAGUUAACGGAGAAGCACAACGCGGCCCUGCGCGAAAAGAUGCUGGCAAAGCUGCAGCGCGACAAGGCAUCACAACGGGCGACACAGCUUGAGCAGACGGCACGCGCCGUGUCUGCAUCGCAGCUCGCGCCGACGAGGACAACAGCAAUAGCAACGACAGCAGCAGUCGCCAACACGACGGCCCAGCGGCCACUGCCGUCUCUGGCAAAGGCAACGAAGCGCCUGCAGAGCCCCGUCCUGAGCCAGAGCCAGCGCAUGCCUGCAACACUCCCGCGACCGGAGCAGCUGCUGCCACCGCCAAACCUGCGGCCCAUGACACCCGGCCGCGCCAAGGCGCUCACGGUGGUGAACACGGUCAAGGCGAGCACGUGUGCUGUCGGAGCCAUUGCGCUGCAUCCACAAGGCGACCUGCUCGCAGCCGUCGACGACGCUGGCAUCAUGAGCAUCUGGCAACUUCCAGGGGGCCAGCUUGAGCAGCAGGUGGCGGCGCACCCGUCGUGGCUGGCAGACGUCCGCUUCCACCCCGACGGCACCCUCCUCCUCACUGCAGGCUCCCACCCAAAGGUCGACCUCUGGAGCUCAGCAGGGCUGUGUGUUGUGACGUCGUUCCUGGAGCAUGCGCACUGCGUGUGGAGCUGCGACUUCCACCACACGGGCGACUUCAUUGCAUCUGGCAGCAUGGACAACACGGUCAAGGUGUGGGAUAUCACCACAGGCAAGUGCCUGCACACCAUCCGCUCCCACACAGACUCCGUCAACGUCGUCAGAUUCCAGCCCCACUCGAACCACAUCCUGAGCGGGGGUGCCGACAAGAUCGUCCGGGUGACAGAUGGGCGGACGGGCCUGGCUGUCGGCAGCAUGGAGGCGCACACAAAUGCCGUCAGCGACAUUGCAUUCACAUACGCGGGUGACGUUGCUGUGUCGUGUGACCUUGACGGGACGGUGUGUGCGUGGAGCAUGCGCGAUCGCACGCUGCUGCACACGGCCAAGCUUGGGCCUCACCCGGCAAACUGCAUUGCCGUGGAUACGUCGGGACAGGUGGUGGCUGUCGGCAGUGGUGAUGGUGCCAUCAAGGUGCUUGCACUCGACACAUUCGACCUCAUCACAGAGCUGCAAGCGCACGACGACGCUGUGCAGGCGCUGGUGUUUGACCACGCGGGCGGAUUCCUCGUCUCGUGCGGCUCCGACGGCACCAUCAGGCUCUGGUCGUAACACGUCCCAUCCCAUCGCAUUGCAUCGCUUCCACAACACCAACCACCGCCAAACACGCAUGAUGCACCAUGCACCCCUCCUCCUCCUCCUUGGUGUUGCCUCAACAUAUGUUCAUGCUUGCAUUUGCACACGUCUCUUGUCCAUUGAUUGAAAAGCAAUGAAAAAGCAGCCCAGC